UCUGUGGUUACCUGUGGCGACUGUAAGCUUGCUCGCGCCCGUCUGUUGUUGUCGGUGAGCCGCCGCCCAUUUUCUCACCUACAUGCUUUACAAGCAAGAAGCAAGCCCGACUCGGCCGCAGCAGCAGCCGCAGCAGCAAACAGCAAUGGAAGUAGCAGGUAAAAGCGACAGCAGCAGAGACGCUGCCACGCUCGCUCGCUAUCGCUCACCCACAGCCGUCGUCCGCGCUUGUCUGCACCGCAGCGCAUACCGCUAGGUCUUGUCGGCGCAGCGGCGCUAAAGCACACGGCACACGUCCAAUUCGUCCGCCAUUCCGACCAUGAGAAAUCACAACACCCCUGGGGUCGCCCUUUGCUGCGGCGCUCCGCUCCAAGCCUCCAAUCCAGACCAUCCGCGUCUGGCUCGCGUUGGCCCAGGCAACAGUCAGUCGUUGUGCCAAGGCGUGUGUUCUCGCGCCCGUCUAGACUCGGAUUCGACUCGACUCGACUCAGACCCGGCGGCAGGUGGUGUGGUGGUGAUGUUGGAGCGCAGAGUCUCUCACCGCUCUCGUGUCGCGCUUCCCCUCCCUAUCUCCGGCGCGGGCAAGCGCGCGCGCGCGCGCUCCGGGCGGUCCCAGCCCCUGCCCCGGCCCUGGAACGGCUGCUUGCUUGCUUGCGUGCUGGCGUACGUGGGUGCUGGCAGGCUGUUCCUACAGUACGAGCUCUUUCUGGUGUUUCUCCUCCUGCGUGCGCUUUCAGGCGGAUGAUCGGCCUAGCUAGCUAGGCAGGUUGGUCGCGCCGCUCGCGCGCGCGCGCUCGGCCCUGGCUAUGGCUUGCCGUGCCGUGC